GAAUUCUCUACACAUGGACGAUGGCCGGAUUGUCUCGCCGAAUAGUUUCGACGAAUGGACCUGGUCCAGCUUGCGAAUAUUACGAUCGAGAAACGAAGAUAUAAAUAUUAUGACGAUUGUGGUCGUAUUAUGACGAAAAGGAAGAAGGGACGGAGAAAAAGAUGGUCGGGUCCGAGAGUCAGAGAUUGAAGAUCAAUAUUCACCGGACCGGACGAAAGGUUCGCGGGAUAUGAAAACGCACGCGCGAAACGCAGACGGGAACUCGUUCAUUUCCCGGUGGAGAGAGUCUCGAGAGUUUCGCCGGGUUUCCGUGGCUUUCCUGUGGCAGGAAACCGUGAAAAGGGAGACUCGCGGCGUGUCGGGUGGAGGCGCGGCUGCGCUCCUCGAUACUCGAGGCCCGAUUUUUAUCGUGCUUUACGAGCCGCAUAAUUCACAUCAGCUACCGAGCACGUCGUUGAUUUUGCAUCAGACAGCCAGUGACUGUCGGAGAUACGCGCACGUCGAAACAGUUCAAAUACAAGGGCUUAGAGAAGCUGUUCACGAUUUACCAGAGAAGAAUUCAGUAUGGUUAUCUGUCGCUCUUCGUACUCCUACAAUUGGCCCUUGGAAUCAUAUAUUGUUUGAUCCUGAUCACAAUGGUCAGCAUAGAAAAUUGUAUACCGGAUGUAGUAAACACCCUCAUGAGCGCGUUACUCUGCCCGAUAAUCGCGCUUUUGUUCAAGUCGAAAAUCGUCGCAAGGAACACCUAUUUACCAGUCAUGUUGUCCUGCUUGAUCGUGGUACUGCUGGUAGUCGGUGAUUUGGCUGUUCCUUUGUACUAUACCAUCCUGUAUAACGAUGACGUACCACCGAUAAGACCAGCGUAUGCGACUCACGCGCUCUUGGCGUGUUACGUCUUCCUACCUCUCACGGAGAAUCUACACGCUUUUAUACUCGGAAUCACUGCGACUAUAUGUUACUUAGCUACUCUUUCGUUAAUCACUUACAGAAACACAUUUGAUUAUAGUACGAAGAUCAUUACAGAGAGUAUAUAUCUUGCUUGCGUAAAUGGUCUUGGAUUAUACUUCAGAUUCAUGAAUGAAAUCGUUAUUAGACGAUCGUUCUUGGAUCACCGCAAGUGUGUGGAAUCAACGCUGCGGUUGAAUUAUGAGAAAGAUCAGGAAGAACAACUUACGCGGAGUAUAUUGCCACAACAUAUAGCUGCGAAAAUAAAAAAGGAAUUUAGAGAUAUUUUUAAAUUUAUAGAGGAACAUAAAAAACCUCCUCCUAAAGGAAGUCCACAUAGUGACCUAUGCGUCGAAACGCACAACAACGUAAGCAUUUUGUAUGCUGAUGUGGUGAAUUUUUCCGGAUUAACAGUGACAUUGCCCGUACGAAAAUUGGUAGAGACACUGAACGACUUGUUCGGUAGUUUCGACGAGGCUUCCGAAAAACAUAAUGUUCUCCGUAUCAAGUUCCUAGGUGAUUGUUACUAUUGUGUAAGUGGAGUGCCAACUCCGAACUCCCAGCAUGCGAAAAGCUGCGUAGAUUUAGGGCUUGAUAUGAUAAAGAUCAUUAAAGACGUGAGAGCUAAAGUACGACGCGAGAGUGGCGUGGAUGUAAAUAUGAGAAUAGGGGUUCACUCUGGCAACAUAAUAUCGGGGAUCCUGGGUAACAACAAGUGGCAGUAUGAUGUUUGGUCACGUGAUGUCGUUAUAGCUAAUAAAAUGGAGCAAACGGGAAAACCCGGCAAAGUUCACGUUACGCAGCAAACAUUGGACCUCGUGAACGCUAACGAGUAUGAUUGCGUCCCAGUAGAGUCCUUGAAUGACGAGGUUCUUAAGAAAUACGGAAUUCGAAGUUACCUGAUCACACCUUCGAUUCCGGAUUCACCGACUACGCAGAACAGCGAGAACAACUUGACAGUCAUGACUCCGAGUACCCCACCGCCAUGCAACAAGCAUUACGUGAAAUUCUACUUACGAUCCAGUAGCGUGAAUUCUGGAUCAAGAAACAGUAGACGUUUUACCGCCACUAUAAAUAAUCAUGUUGACGUAUUCACUAGCUCUUCUAGACGCCGUACACACUUCAUGGACUCCUGUUUGCGAGAUUAUCAUCUGAUGCUCAAAGCUGCGGAUGCAGAAAUGGAGAAUGCUAUUAAGAAAAUGCCUCUCACUAAGGGGGAGCAAUGGUGCAAAUGGGAAGAUAUGAAUCCAAUAUUUUUAACAUUUCAACAGUGGAAUUGGGAAAUACCGUUUUUGAAAGAACCUGAUCCACUUUUUAAAUUUUAUAUCAGUUCCGCUGUGUUUGUCCUAAUUUUUAUGGGGCUUAUUUAUUUGGUACCUGCGCUUUCUCUUUCUGAGUGGCAUCUAAGCACAGCGAUUAGUUAUGUGACAGCGAUAUUAUUUUUGAUCGCUUUAAUGCCAAUAGCUUGGAUGCACUUCGCGUGGAAUCGGUAUAAAGAUCCGCAUGAUGAACAAGAAGGACACGUACCUCAUCCUCACAAUAAAUUAUUGUGUUUUCUAUAUCAAACUAGUAUAAAGGUUGUUUGGAGUGCAUUCCUUAGAACGAUUUUGUAUUUGGUGAUAACAAUAAUGUUAGCAGCGUGUGCUAUGUUUGAUAUGAUUUUUGAAUGUAAAAAUGUGAGUGAGCUUGAAAGCAAUAAUAUAACAUCCAGCAUAAUAGAGCCUGACGCCGCGAAAUUUGAUUGCGUGGCUACACCUUGGCAAAUGACGCAAACUUGCUCUUUGGCAAUUUUGACCAGUUUUUUGUUUUUGAGACUCCAUUAUAUUUUAAAGUUAAUAAUAGGUACCACAGUAGUGGUAUUUUAUUCGUGGAAUGUUUGGGUAUAUCGUUCAAAUUUAUUUCAGUCAGGCGAAAGAUGGAAUCCAUAUUUGGAACCAAGAUUGGCACAUGUUUUAAGCAUAAUCUUUCUUAGUUUUUCUUUGCACUUGAUAGAUCGUCAGGCAGAAUACUUGAGCAGAUUAGACUAUUUAUGGAAGCGUCAAUUAACUAAAGAACAAGAUGAAGCAUUCCAUACAAGGAACGCUAAUAAACUUCUACUUCGUAAUAUUUUACCAGAACAUGUUGCGGAGUUCUACUUGAAUAUGAACAGAACAGAAGAAAACGAGCCUUAUCACGAAGCUCAUAAUAAUGUGGCCGUCAUGUUUGCUUCAUUAACGGAUGUCUCUAUUGAUGGAAGUAAUACUCUAGCAGACCUAAAUGAGAUCAUAUGUGAAUUUGAUAAAUUAUUAUUUGAGCCAUACUAUGUCUAUCGAAUUGAAAAAAUCAAAAUUGCUGGUACUACCUAUAUGGCAGCUUGUGGAUUAGAAGCCGGUCGGCGAGAUUCGAUGCACAGCGCAGAAAGUGAGGAAAAUUUCAAUGACAACGUGAUAAAAGUUAUGGCCCAAUUUGCGGUUGAAAUGAUGGCAGUUCUAGAUAAAUUGAAAAGAAAGUCAUUUUACACAUCGAAACCUUAUAGACUAAGAAUUGGAAUAUCACACGGCGAAGUAACAGCAGGAGUAGUAGGCGCUCAGAAGCCAUUGUAUGAUAUUUGGGGUGAUGCUGUGAAUAUGGCAUCUAGAAUGGACACGACAGGUGUUCCGGGGAAAAUACAGGUUACGGCAGAAACUGCAGCUGUUCUCGAACAACAAGGUAUCAAGUGUCAUCUUCGAGGAGAAACGUACGUUAAACCGAAAGGAUUUGUUACAACGUACUUCGUUGGUAUCGAUGAUAACCUACAGCUUCAAAGAACAGAUUCUAUUGAGGAGACUAGUCUGUGAUUGAAACUCUAACUCGACCUUUAAGCAAUUACUGCGGUAACGAUGUGAAAAGUGAGAUAUUAGGUAUCUAAGUGAAUAUAUACAGACACAAGAGAAAAACCAAAGAAAAUUUGAAACACCAAAGAAUCGACAGAAAAAAAAGGAACGCAGUCAACGACUGUAUCACUAUGCGGAAUACCUCAAUUUAUUCAGUCGAAUAUAGUAAAAAUAUACGUACGUGAAAUAUGUUUGCAAUCAUAUGCCUUGAAGCCGAUUAUUGACACAUUAUUACAAAUCGAAGAUGCCAGUUUUAAUAACAAUUUUUUACGUAAUCAUUAUUCAUAUAAAGACAACAUUCGAUUAUUUGAAAUAAUUCAUAUUGUAAAUAAGCAAAGAACUUCUACCUAGUGAUAUUUGGAAGACAUUAUCCUAAAUAAUGUACAAUCCAUUGAAAGUAUGAAAAUCUUGUAAUUGAUGAUAAAAAAAAAUUUUCAAGAAUAAUUCGUUGCAAAUGACAAUUCGAAAGAUAAUCAAAAGAAAUGAAACGUAUUAUUUAUAUCAUUGCAUGCAAAUGAUAAUGAUGUUUUCUAGCUGUAUGUUAAAUGUAUAUACAGUAUUUCGCGUUUAAUUAACAGGAAUGUAGUUAGUUGGAAAUAUUUAUUGACGUAGGUUUUUCCAAGUUUUCAUGACAAUGCGAACGUUUUGAAAAUUGAUGUACAAACACAUUUUCAUGACGUUCACUGUAAAGUUAAAAAGAUACUAUAAUAUCGAAGAUGCUCAUAAGUUUUGAAACACAGUCCUAAAAUACCUGGACAACUUUAAAUUCUUUUUCAUUUCAUGUCUAAUAACAGUUUCAUUAUUAAUUCGUUUCCAUUGCGUAGCUAAUUUUUGAUAGAUAAUUAAACAAAUCCGGGUGGAUUUUCAUUGCUUAGGGAUUGUUUCUUCUUAACGAGUAAGCAAACAACAUACAAACAUGUAUAAAAUGGCCCCACGAAUCUAAACGUAUAUGAGAUUUGUAUUUAUUGAGCAAGUAAAAAAGUAAUUUUUAUCGCA